CCAAAGACAACCACCGACAGUGUAGCCUUUGAGGCGGUGCCAUAUCCUCGCCCUGUCCCGUCCAGCGUCGCGACCCCUCACCCCCACAUCACCAUCGACACGGUCAGCACAGCACAUAUCCCCUCCCUGACGCGGAUUACAGGCCUGUUGUUGCCCAUCCGAUAUCCCAACUCCUUCUACACGGCAACCAUCACCGACCCGGUUAUCGCCUCGUUGUCCCGCGUUGCGGUGUACCAUGACCACCCUGUCGGGGGGCCCGCAGCAACAACAGCAGCAACAGCAAUAACAACGACGACGACGACGACGACGACGAUACCACCGCCCUCUCUGGGUGCUGACAAGGUGAUUGGGGGUAUCAGAUGUCGACUGGAACGAUGCGUACAGGCUGAGCAUACCUCUACUUCUCCAGCUACAGCUACAACCCUCUACAUCCAGACUCUGCAUUUACUCUCUCCCUACCGCGGCCACGGGGUCGCCACUGCGCUGCUCAACUCGUUGAUCUCGGCCCCCGAUCUAGUGAACCACUAUAACAUCCGCAGCGUGACGGCGCACGUCCACGAAGCCAACGAAGACGGCCUGAAAUGGUACCGUGCGCGUGGGUUCGAGGUCCAGCCAGGUGUCGUGGAGGGGUAUUAUCGCCGGCUUAAGCCUACGGGGGCAAGAAUCGUCAAGCUGUCUUUGGAGAAGUCGACUACUCCUGCUACUACUGCUACGACUACUUCUACUACUACUACUACUACUACUACUACUACUACUAUGACUACUUCUACUGCUGCAGCAGAAGAUCAAGAUGACGAGUGGGAAAAGGUCGAGGCCGAAGAAGACGACGAUCACGGCAUCCAGCCGAUGGACUCGCGCAUUCUGGACGACGAGAGGGUGUGCAGGAAGCGCAAGAGU